UGCAGAGGUGGCGACGCAGACGUGUUGUUUGGCAUUAACUUACGCACACACACACACACACACACACACACGUAAACGACCUUUGAAUCUGUUUUCUAGCGGAGAGGCCGCCCCUCGCUCUGCGGUGGCCAUUGGCUGCACGUACACGAUGCAGCGUGUCCGUACGCGUGUGUCGCCCAAAACUCAAAGUCCGCUCGGUUGAUCAGCGGGAUGGGUGAAGAGUAACGAGGCUAUCGUCUAGACCCGAGAAAGCUUGCAAAGGAGGGAGAGAAGCAAGCAGGAGCAGCAGCAGAGGAGGAGGAGGAGCGUAUGUGUGCGUGCUGAGCUGGAUAGGAAGUUGCCUACACCGCUGUCGCUUCAUCCAACACACGGCGGAAACAUGACGGAAAAACGGAUGUCACGCUGGUACUUCGGUGGCCUUGCCUCCUGCGGGGCUGCCUGCUGCACGCACCCGCUAGAUCUGGUCAAGGUGCACUUGCAGACGCAGCAAGAGGUCAAGAUGAGGAUGGUGGGGAUGGCCCUUCAUGUCGUGAAGAAUGACGGCCUGCUUGCCCUUUACAACGGGCUCUCUGCCUCCCUCUGCAGACAGAUGUCCUAUUCUCUAACAAGAUUUGCCAUCUAUGAAACAGUGAGAGACAUGAUCGGCAGCACUAGCAAAGGGCCCAUGCCCUUUUAUCAGAAGGUGCUGCUGGGAGCUUUUGGAGGUUUUACUGGGGGGUUUGUUGGUACUCCAGCAGACAUGGUCAAUGUCAGGAUGCAGAAUGAUGUUAAACUACCACCGGAGAUGAGGAGAAACUACAAGCAUGCCAUCGAUGGCUUCAUCAGGGUCUUCCAGGAAGAGGGUGUGAGGAAACUGUUCUCUGGAGCCACAAUGGCCUCCAGCAGAGGGGCUCUAGUCACAGUGGGACAGCUGGCAUGCUAUGACCAGGCCAAGCAGCUGGUGUUGGGAACAGGCAUGAUGGGCGAUAACAUAUUAACACAUUUCCUCUCAAGCUUCAUUGCUGGAGGCUGCGCUACAUUCCUAUGUCAACCUCUAGAUGUGAUGAAGACGAGGCUGAUGAACUCUAAAGGAGAGUACACGGGGGUGAUGCAUUGUCUACAAGAAACUGCUAAGCUGGGUCCUCUGGCAUUCUACAAGGGUCUUGUUCCAGCAGGGAUCCGGCUGAUUCCUCACACAGUGCUCACCUUUGUCUUCCUGGAGCAACUCAAGAAGAACUUUGGCAUUCUUAUCAUCUCCUAAGGACACUCCAAGACCUUCAACCCCUUAAACCUUUCAAACUCUGCGCAAGGUGCACCAGCUUCUCACUGGCUGCCAAUGCCGUUUAGACCAUGCUGCUGCUGCUGCUGCUGCUGCUCUGCUCUGCUCUGACCAAGUUAAGAGGGAAGAAAAGGGGGGGGGGAUUAAUUGGUAUUGUAUUAGCGCAGUUUCUGUUUUUGUUAUUGUUCCAACUCUGUCUCAUCAUCUCAUCUAUAGAAACUGGAAGUAAAAUAAUCAAGGACGUUGACAGCAGCCAUAGCUCUAGCUGCCAGAACGUGCUUGGCUCCUGCAACCUGUACAAACAUCACGUCACGAACAAACAAACAAACAAACCUUAAAUCGGGGAACUUAUCAACAUGGUUUAGCAGCAGAGUUAAGUAUAGAGGUGCUAAGGGAUCGAUUUGAGAAACUGCCCACCAGCCGAUGUGUUAUCUAGAUAUGUGAAGCUGAGUAUGGUUAGGGUUAGGCUAAGGUGGUAUUUAGUGUUAUGUUGAAAGUGAAAAGGGCUCAUCUCGAGCAAUUCUAAUUACGUAAUGAUUAAAUGAAUGUUCCCAUUAACUACUAACUCAGAAUUAGAUUUGCUAUUAGGUUUUUAAUCAAUGUAGAUUUUAAAGCUACGGCCAGAUACAGUCAUUUCAUUGUUUUUUUCUCUUGAAGAGUUUAUCAGUGCCAUCAUAAGCAGGGAACUGUGGUUGUGCUGGGCUCACAAUGUGGAUUUAACAGUUGUACACAAAGAAAAUGACAGCGAUUCAUUUUGAUCAAUGAUUAUGUUCCCAAAAUUGCACACUGUUGAUUUGUUUUGUUCUCUGCAGUAAUAUUUUAUAACUGGAAAUUGACUACUAGUGCACAAGACUCAUUUUCAGUUACUUUUACCUGAUUGUUUUUUUUUUUUUUUACAUUAUUCCUAAAUUCUUUGUCACUGAAAUUCAAAAAUAUGUAGUGAAAAAGUGACAAUCUAGACCAUUCAAUGUUUUCAGAUAGGUAGAAAUAUUGAGCAUAUUGUGCGGCCUUGAGUAAAGAUAGAAAUCCUGUAGUACGGGCAUUACUGUGUGAUGGUAGUUCAGUUUCUAAUCAGACGGAAAGCUGUGACAUUUUGAAUCUAUGAUUUCUCUACUGAUGCCUGUUGAUGAUCUGGUCAUAAGCCUGUAAAGGAUUGUCGUAUGGUGCAGUGACAUUUUUAGCUAUGUUAGUUUUGUCUAGCUAGCAGAAUGUGCUUCAGACUCCAUGAGUCUGGAUGCUGCUCUGUUUUGCAUGGUACUUUAUAAGGACUUGCACUUAACUCUAUGUCACACUGGCUUGUAGAAAUGUAUGCACACACUCUUAAGUUUAUUACAGCGAGUAGCAUCCCUGUUCUAAACACAUCCUUACAAUCUAAUCGAGCGACUCCUCCUAAUGCUUUAUGACUGUAGUAUUGUUAUCGUCUCUCGUGAGAGAGAUUUUACUUUGUUAACAUGUAGUAAUGGAUGCAUUGUAGUAAACUAAUGAAGUGCUGUACAGCCCUUGCUCUACUAACAAGUGUCAUGUUGAAGUAAUUUUGCCUUACAGUGCCUUCCUCUGGGGAGCAGUAUGAUCAUGUGUGAAUGCAAUCCAAUUUGUAUCCAAGUCCCAACCAAACAGUAGUGGAUUUAAGUCUCUUUAUGCCAGCUCACAUUUCCUCUCAAUGCACCUCUUCCAUUUAAAGAGAGGGGAUGAUGGGGACCAGUUAAUAUGAUUGAUUAAACUUGAAGCUUGUGAUGGUGUGAAUGAGAAAGUCACAAAGUGAAUACUACAAGAGAGAUAAACACAGAUACACUGGACUGGAGGGACUCCAGUGGUUGUAAUGUGUGGUUGUGAUUUUGUAUUUUGUUGAUCAAAAGACGAUGAUUUUGGAAUUAAAAAAACUAAUUU